CCGCAUCUGUCUGGCUGGACGUCGGGCUGUCUGAGGCUGCUGUUCAGUACGUGCUCCCGGCUUGGACAAAGCAUCCGCACAAGCAUCGCAUCCACCACAUAACCCGAUCAGACCCAGCGCUUUCGCUCUCUGCCCUAGCUACAACCAUGACGGCAAACGGAACCAGCGACAUGCUCAAAAUCCAGUUUGGGCUCAUCAACUGCGGGAACAAAUACCUCACCGCCGAAACGUUUGGCUUUAAGAUCAACGCCUCAGCCACCAGCAUGAAGAAGAAGCAAAUCUGGACCCUGGAGCAGGAUGGCGACGACUCCAACGUGGUUUUCCUCAAGAGCCACCUCGGCAGGUACAUCGCGGCUGAUAAGGAUGGCAACAUCACAUGUGACAGCGAGACCCCCGGCGAGGACUGCAAGUUCACCAUCACAGCUCACGACGAUGGGCGCUGGUCCCUGCAGUCCGAGCCGCACAAGCGCUACCUGGGCGGCACCGAGGACCGCAUCGUCUGCUUUGCCCAGACUAUCUCCGUGGCGGAAAAAUGGAGCGUCCACAUCGCCAUGCACCCACAGGUCAACAUCUACAGCAUCACCAGGAAGAGGUACGCCCACCUGAGCUCAAAGGUGGACGAGAUCGCGAUUGACAGGGAUGUCCCCUGGGGCGUCGACUCCCUGAUCACUCUCGUGUUCCAGGACCAGAAAUACCACCUCCAGACAUCGGACAAUCGGUUCCUGAAGAGCGAUGGCUCCCUGGCUCAGAAGCCCGACAAAAUGACCGGCUACACGCUGGAGUUCAGGUCGGGAAAGGUCGCCUUCAGGGACUGCGAAGGGAAGUACCUGGCUCCCUCGGGCCCCAGUGGGACCAUGAAAUCUGGCAAGAGCAGCAAGGUUGGGAAAGAUGAGCUCUUCGUGCUGGAACAGAGUCACCCACAAGUGGUGCUAACCUCUGGAAACGACAGGAAUGUGUCUACCAGGCAGGGAAUGGACCUUUCAGCCAACCAAGAUGAGGAAAGCGACCAGGAGACCUUCCAGAUGGAGAUCAGUAAGGACACAAAGAAGUGUGCCUUCCGCACCUGCACUGGGAAGUACUGGACCCUGACUGCCAACGGUGGACUGCAGUGUACAGCUUCUACAAAGUCUGCAAACUGCUACUUUGACAUCGAGUGGCGUGACAGGAAAAUCACCCUGAGGGCCGCCAAUGGGAAAUACGUGGCGGCCAAGAAGAACGGCCAGCUAGCAGCGACCAUCGAAUCGGCGGGAGAGACAGAGGAGUUCCUGAUGAAGCUCAUCAACAGGCCCCUGAUUGUCCUGAGAGGGGAACAUGGUUUCAUCGGGUGCCGGAGAGUGACCGGGACCCUGGACUGCAACCGCUCCUCUUAUGAUGUCUUUCAGCUGGACUUUGACAAUGGGGCUUAUAGCCUUAGAGAUUGCACUGGAAAGUACUGGAUGGUGGGGAGCGAGUCCACGGUGACCAGCAGCAGCGACACUCCGGUCCACUUCCUGCUGGAGUUCUGCGACUAUAAUAAAGUGGCCAUCAAGACCACAAAGGGCAAGUACCUGAAGGGGGACCACGCCGGGGUCCUGAAGGCCAAUGCCGACGCCGUGGAGAGCUCCACCAUGUGGGAGUACUAGCAGCACUUUAGUCACCACUGUGGCUUCUCACUGUUCAUCAUCUUCAUUCAUUUUCCGUUUUUCAUUUUGAUUAUGAGUUUUCUGUAACGUGCAUGCAUGUGACAUUUAAGUGGCCGAAACUCAUCGUCGGUAGCUGAAUCAGUCUGAAACAGACUUGACACGCCGGCAAUUGUGUGGUUUCGAGACAGACACCCCCCACCCAGCACAAAGCGACCUCCGACACGGCAGAGCUCAGAAAUAAACCCCCCAAAUCUGGUUUGUUUGGCAGUAACUUUGGUCGAUGCAACUCUGCACUUGACAAAAACCAAAGUUUGAUAUACACAAAUAUCAAAAUGCAGUUUAGGGAAAAAAACCAUAACAAAAAAGGAAAAUAGUAUGAGUGGAUAUGGUCACAUGAUCUUACCACCAACCCAAGCAGAAAUGAAAGUACUUACCCUGGCCAGCACCUCAGCCACAAGAACGAUGGUCCCGUACAGAUAGUUCGCGUUGCGGUUCCAGGAAGGCCAGUGUCCUCUUGCAUUAGAAGGCUUCCUGUUAAACCGCCUUCUCUGCCGCAUUUGAUGGGUCGCGCUUCCGGCAAGCCAGCUCCACAUGCACGUUCACAGAGCUGUGAGAUCUAGUUUCCUCAUCAAAUUCGCUGAUGUUUGAGUUUCCUGCAAACUGUCCCCUUCCAUCAUAAACUAACUCUCAGCCCUGCCUCUGCUUUAAGAAAGUCUAAGCCUCUCUGUAUAUUGCCAGCGCUCAGUAUUUUAAAGCCAGAAGACUGAUCAUAGUAUUUUGCAGUAACCGCCUGAAGUUUGAAUGUGUAGCCUGUCUCUUCUGUUUCUUGGUAUGUAGGUGAUCCAGUACUGCUUCAGAUAUACAGCCCCAGACAACUGGAAACUGUAUGCACAACGUUCCUUGCAAUAUUCUGUUUAUUUUAGUGGAAAUUUAUGAAGUAGCACCUCUUGAAAAUACCACUUAAACCCUCAGUGUCAUUUGGCCAGAUGGAGUGGCAACUGAAAUGGAAAUGGAUUUCCUGAUAAGUCUCAUCUCAUUUAUGCCCAAGACCUGGAGCAAAACAAUCUAACCAAGAAAUGUCUUAUUUUUAUUUAAAAAAGAAAAAAAACAUUAUACAAUGUGAAUUGUCGCCCUCUGUGGUGGAGUUGCCUCAUUGCCGCUGUGUUAAUUGUGUAACUGUAAACCUAAAGUAUGUAUUACAAGAAGCUCUAAGGUAAUGUUGCAGGUUCAACACUUUGUGGAUGUUUCAGAACAUCAGAUGAUGAGCCCUCCUCUACUAGUCAGACGCUUGUGGAGAGUUUAGUCCUGCUCCUUUUCCCUGGAGCCGUCAUACAGCACAUCACUUUGUUUACUGGAGUUUACUGGAAAUGCACAAAUUGUUUUUUUUUUUGUCUGGAAAAAUCCCAUUCCAAGGCACAGGCAUUAUCAUAGUCUGGGGGAGGGGGGGGGAGUCAAAACCCUUUUCCUAACUGACCAAUAAAAAAAUUCAAAUAAAUUUGCGCAACCCCAUGAUCACCUCACUCACAGGCCAAUGGCGGCUUGGGAAGUCUGAACCUCUUCGGAGCCGAAUGCAUUCCGUAAUCAUGGGCACUCCUUCAUUAUCACCAAGAGGGGGCGGGGCAUCAUGAACACAAAGAUGAUCAACCAAUGAGAACACAGCCUCUUGAGAGCAUCCACUUCAAGGGGCUCGAUUCCUCCCAGAGCAGCACUGCCCCCCAAAUCAAACUGCACGUCACACUCCUCAAGCCCCAAGGUGCUCUGAAAACUGGUGCUACGCUUCUCUGAAAGCCCACCUCACACUUCCGCAUUGCCUAUUUUGGCCUCAAGGGCAGCGGGUUCGAUCAGAAAAGGCCCCCUGAUGCGGGGAAGCGGCCAGGGUGUCCUAGGAAACACGAGGAAAACUCUGGGGCAAAGACGGCUUAUAAAGGCAAGGAAGAAGGAUGAUAAUGUUUGUGUCUUUCUUAGAAUAUCAAUGAGUUAAAAAAAAUCCCCUUUAUUUCAUAAAGGUAAGACUUCCUUUUUUAUUUUUUUAUCAUUUUGAUAAUGUGGUUAUUUUUUUCGCUUAUGUGCCAUUUGUAUAACUUAAAUCCAAUGUCAAAUAAAGUUUGCAUAUGAAACUACA